AAAAAAUCUAAAACAGACAAUCAGAUAAACGGCUCUCUGUAACAAAACUACUUCUUCCUCUCUGGCUUUCGUCCCGCUUUGUCAAGAAAUGAGUUGGUGGUGGGCUGGUGCCAUCGGAGCUGCCAAGAAAAAAAUCGACGACAACUAUGAGCCAACGCAAAGCUACCAAAGCGUCGCACUCAUCAUCGGCGUCACGGGGAUCAUCGGAAACAGCCUCGCCGAGAUUCUCCCUCUCUCCGACACACCAGGCGGUCCAUGGAAAGUCUACGGCGUCUCUCCAAGUCCUCGUCCCACCUGGAAACCCGAUCAUCCCGUUAGUUACAUCCAGUGCGACGUCUCCAACGCCGAUGAAGCUCGAGCAAAGCUUUCUCCCUUAACAGACGUCACAGACGUCUUCUACGUCGUCGCGACGUGCACAAGCGAGGCUAACGGCUCCACGCUGCGCAACGUCCUCCGCACGGUUGUACCGAGCGCGAAGAAUCUCCGACAUGUCUGUCUCCAGACAGGGACCAAGCACUACGUCAUCGAGGAGUCUCUCGAUCCUCCUUUCACGGAGGAUAUGCCGAGGCUGAAGAACAAGAACUGCUUCUAUUACACUCUGGAGGAUGUUCUGUUCGAGGAAGUCAAGAAGAAAGAGAGCAGUAACGUGACUUGGUCUGUGCAUAGACCGAACACCAUCUUCGGUUUCUCUCCUCACAGUUUGAUCAACGUUGUGGGGACUCUCUGCGUCUACGCAGCCAUCUGCAAGCAGGAAGGGUCUCCUCUGCUUUUCCCCGGGAGCAAGGAGGCGUGGGAAGGAUACUCCGCGGCCUCGGACGCUGACUUGGUCGCCGAGCAGCAGAUCUGGGCCGCGGUUGAUCCGUACGCCAAGAACGAGGCGUUUAACUGCAGCAACGGCGAUGUAUUCAAGUGGAAACAUAUGUGGAAGGUUCUCGCGGAGAAGUUUGGGAUCGAGGAGUAUGGGUUUGAGGAAGGGAAGAACGUUGGGUUGGUGAGGAUGAUGAAAGGGAAGGAGAGAGUGUGGGAUGAGAUUGUGAAGAAGAAUCGGUUGAAGGAGAAGAAGCUUGAGGAUGUUGGUGUGUGGUGGUUUGCUGAUGAUGUGCUUGGUGUUGGAGGGAUGAUUGAUAGCAUGAAUAAGAGUAAAGAACAUGGGUUCCUUGGUUUCAGGAACUCUAAGAACUCUUUUGUCUCUUGGAUUGAUAAGUACAGGGCUUUCAAGAUCGUGCCUUGA